AUGGCGUUUCCGUGUAGUUGGCGACUGCCAAAAGUUGGACGUAUAAUGAGCGAACUGUUAUUUAGCUCUUGGAAUACUUUGGAUGUCCUCUUAAACAGGGUGCAUACCGAAGAUUCAUUUUGGGAUUUAGAUUUGAAUUAUGUGACUUUAUGCCUGUUUGGGUUAUAUUUUGUUAUCUCCCAGAAGUUGCUGCUGUACAUAACUGCCAAAGUAGGCACUGUUUUUGUUGAACAUCACUUGAAUGAAUUUGUUAAAUGGGAUUAUCAAUUCAUCCAAAGAGGAAAUAACCAUUCCACCCAAUAUACCAUUCUGCUUAAUAUUGGCCGGAAUGCGCCCAGUCCUCGAUCCAGCGGCGUGCCGUCUCGAUCGCGCAGCCCGCCCUCGGCAGCCGCCCGCCGCGCGCCCGGCCGUCAGCGCCGCGACCGGCCCGCCGCCGCCCGCCCGCGCGCGCGCCAGCGCGCCUCGCCCUCGCGCGCGACCGGCCCGCCCGCCUGCGCCCGCGCGCGCCCGUGCGCGCCGCCGCCAGCGCCUGCGCCUCGCCAGCGCCGCCCGCCGCCGCCGCCCGCCGCAGCGCCGCCCGCACCAGCGUCCCAGUCGCGCCGCCCGCCGCCCAGCAGCGUCCCGGCCCGUAGCAGCGUCCCGCGCAUCCCUGCGCCGUCCUCGGCCCAGCGCGUCCGGCGCGCCCCAGCGCCCGCUGCGCCGUCCUCGGCCCUCAGCGCGCCCGUGUUGCCCUUGGCCCCCGCGCCGCCCUCAGCCCGCGGUGUGUUUUCCAUGGCCUCUGCCCAGUGUGCUUCUUCAGCGGACUUAAUCUUUGGGGGUCAUGUUGAUGGUACCCGUCCGCCUCCGAUUUCUUCUAGUGCCGCCUCUUACGGCUCGUCUUCGUCUCUGAUUACCGGUGCGUCCUCUUCCCGCGUCUAUUGA